AUGUCUAAAAAUGCGGUCUCUUUGGUUUUUAUUUUCCAACUUAAGGUGCUGAAAUUCUUCACAUGCGUUUUCAUCGAUCAGAUUCCUGAAGCUUCAUUCACAAUUGUCGAGGCGGUCUUCUCAUCACAACUGAUCUUCAUGCCUGAGGGAGGGGAAUUUAGCUUGCUUGGUGAAUUGUACCCGGUGACUCAAGCUCUUGAUCUACGCUCGAACAAGUUGAACAUCGUAAACCAAGUUGUUUUGGAGGGUUUGUACUGGGGCCGGUUAUUGCUGGAGCGUCUAACGCUAAAUGGGGGUGCUAGGCUAGAGACAAACCGUACAGCACUGGCCCAGACUAGUGUUCUGCAACUUCUACCACGCAACAAACUCGAACACCUCAGGACCCCUCAAAAGCCCGGCUUCUCCAAAUACUUCGGAGGGACAUAG